AUGAAUAUAGGUGUAAUAAGUGUGUCUAUGUGCAAACAUGUAAUGAAAGCAGCCGAUAAAUUAAGGAUAUUCAAUAGAACAAAAGAAAAGUCAGAGCCGUUAAUAGAAGUAGGAGCAGAGUUUAUUGAAUCAAGAGAAUUGUCAGAAAAAAGGGAUGCUGUGUUUUUAAUGUUCGGCUAUCCAAAAGAUGUAGAAUAGGUAUUAUUGAGAGUUUAAGGAAUAUUACAGUAAGACAAAAGUAUGAUAAAAAGAAUUAACAAGAAAAUAAAAUUUAUAUGUAGAAGGGGACAUAGUUAAUUGAUCAUACAACUUCAUUACCCGAAUUAGUAGAAAGGAUAUUUAAGGAGGUAAGUAAGAGAGGAAUAGAUUCAAUAGAUGGUUCAGUAAGUGGAGGAGAUGUAGGAGGAGCUCAUGAAGGAUAAUUGGUAAUAAUGUGUGGAGGUUAAUAGAAGGCUUUGGAUAGAAUAAUCGAGGCAUUAAAAGUACAUAGUUGAGAUAUCUAAUUGA